CAACAAUCUGAGUCUCAGGUCUCAACUGUCUAUUUUCCUUUGUGGUUUCUCAUUCCUCUCUCUCUCUCUCUGUAAAGGACGUUAUCGAAGGGUUUUCGUCUUUACGGGGGUUGGUUCGCAUUGCGAGCGACGGGCUCUGCUCGAGAUCCAGGUUUCUAAUGGGAUUUCUACCAGCGCCUUCAUAGGGUUUUUGCCUCUAUUGUGUUUCAUUUUCUGAAUUUUGGUGUGAUUUCGUUUACUCCUGCUCGAUCUAGGGUUUCGUUUCGAGGGGUUUAUCUUGUUCUUGGAUUAGAUUCUGCCUUUGCUAUAUUUCGAUCUUUCUUUCUUUUUCUUUUUCUUUUUGCUUCUUCCAAAGGUGGAAGCGGAAGUAUUUCAUUUGAGGAGUGAGGUUGUUGUUUGCGACAGCAGGAAGAUUGAUGGGCUGAAGAAGCAAUUUCAUUUUUUAGGAAAUAUAUGGUCAUGUGGUCGAAGCUUUUAAGUUUGCGAGGGUUUCAAUUGCUUGAACUGGGCCAGUGGAAUUUUUUGAGGAUUGGGUUGUUUAGUCAUUGUCUAUUGUUUUAGUGACUUCUGGGAAGUUAUCUGAACCUGUUCUUUGUCGACCUGUUGAUGUUGGAAUUCACCCAGGGAUGAAAUAGUGAAUUCGUUCCAUGAGCUUGAGAUUCCCACAAAUGGCAACCCUUGUGUACACUGGUAGACGACAGAAGGACUCCGUUGUCCGGAUAAAGUAUUAAUUUCUGUAGAUUUUUUUGCCAAUAUAAAAAGGGCAAACUUAAAAUUAAUUCAUUGGUUGCUAAAAACUAAUAACUGGGAUAUAUUUCUUCAUACCGGGACCUUUGUAGUAUUGGGCUGGGCUUUUAUUUUGAAAUUCUGGAUUCUGAGAUUACAGUUUGGGGACAAAAUUUAUGGUUGCGUUUGACAUGUGCAGUUGCUGGGAAUUAAUCCUAUGGCUCCGACUGUUCCUAUAGAGUUUGCUGGACAGAAGGAAUCUCGAAAGUAUUCACUUUCACAGGCAAUGGGGAAAUCGAGGAAAUAUUCCAAAGGGCUUUCUUUUGGUUUUGUUCCAGAUUACCGACAUGCUGUGGAAACAGUUGGCGAAUCAGAAGGGUUUGGGAGCUCUGGACGAUUGGAUACUGGAAUCUCUGCUCUUGAUGAUUCACGGGCCAUUAAGAAGAAACGUAUUAGUAUGAAUGCAGAUGGUUACGAUUGCUUUGGUGCUCCUCUUCAAGUUUUUUCUCUAUCAACAUUGUCUCGAUCUGAAAGGAAGGAUUUAGAGUUAAGGUUAAAGUUAGAACUUGAGCAGGUCCGACUGCUGCAAAAAAGAGCUUCUAAUGUUAGUUCAAUUUUUGCUGUCUCAUCAUCUAGUAAUAUCCAGAGUUCUAGUGAUCAGCACAGGGGAGCUCCUCCAGAGACUUUUAAUAGGUUGACUGAGGUAUCAGUUCCUCCUGCUAAAAAGCCACUGCCCUCUGGGCGCAAUGGGCCUUCUGCUAAAAGAAGCUCCUCUGGGCGGUUUGAAUCUGCUAAACCAGCUGCUGUAUCUGCUUCCUCGACAGCAUCAUUGAAACAAUGUGAACAGCUGCUGCAACGCUUGAUGUCACAUACAUUUGGUUGGGUUUUUAACACUCCAGUGGAUGUGGUCAAGUUGAAUAUUCCAGAUUACUUUACUGUUAUAAAGCAUCCAAUGGAUUUGGGCACGGUGAAGUCUAAGAUUACUGCAGGAGAAUACACACAUCCGUUGGAUUUUGCUGCGGAUGUUAGACUUACUUUUUCGAAUGCGAUGACUUACAACCCUCCUGGGAAUGACGUCCAUACCAUGGCUAAGACACUAAGUAAAUUUUUUGAAGUUCGAUGGAAGACUAUAGAGAAGAAGCUCCCUGUGACAACUGAAGAACAACGACAAGUACCUUCAGCCACAAUUGUUCCUAAAGAAACUGAAAGUACUCUGCCAGUGCCACCUUCAAAAAAGACAAAAAUGCCUACGAAUGACCCUGAUAUUCAGCCAAACAGUGUGGUAAAAAUCAUGACCGACCAGGAGAAGCAUAAACUAAGUGUAGAGUUGGAGAGUUUGCUGGGAGAGUUGCCUGAAAGCAUCAUUGAUUUCCUAAAGGAGCACAGUUCUAAUUCUCAAGCUGGCGAGGAUGAGAUUGAAAUUGACAUUGAUGCUCUUAGUGAUGAUACAUUGUUUGCAUUGAGGAAGCUAUUAGAUGAUUAUAUGAUGGAAAAGCAGAAACACACAAAGGCUGAACCAUGUGUAGUGGAGCUUCGUAACGAAUCAGGAUUUAGCAAUUCAUCAAUGCCACCCAGUAAAGGAAAUGAUCCCAUUGAUGAGGAUGUUGACAUUGUUGGUGGAAAUGACCCCCCUGUUUCAAUUUAUCCUCCAAUAGAGAUAGAAAAAGAUGCAGUCCGUAGAGAUAGUAAAUGCAGUAAUUCCAGUAGCUCGAGUAGUGAAUCAGAUUCUGGCUCAGAAAGCUUAUCGGGAAGUGAAUCUAAUGCUGUUAAAGCUCUAGAUUUUAAUGUGGCUACAAAGGAAAUUUUGUGUUCUGAAACAAAUAUGGAUCAGAAGCAAUGUGAACUUGGUGAUUUAGAAAUUGGAAAUUAUGAAGAAAAUGAGAUUGGUCUAGUAGUUGAGCAAACCGGCCAGGCCAAUACAAACACUAAUGAGUCAGAUAGCUACCAAGAGGAGGGGGAGAGUGCUCCAUCUAAGAGGCAAGUCUCCCCCGACAGGCUUUACCGUGCAGCUUUAUUAAGGAACCGUUUUGCUGACACUAUACUGAAAGCUCGAGAAAAGGCACUUGAAAAGGGUGACAAACGGGAUCCUGAAAAAGUGCGAAUGGAAAGGGAAGAACUCGAAAGACAGCAAAGAGAAGAAAAAGCCCGGUUGCAAGCAGAGGCAAAAGCUGCAGAGGAUGCUCGCAGGAAGGCUGAAGCUGAAGCUGCAGCCGAAGCUAGGAAGAAAAGGGAGUUGGAUAGAGAAGCUGCACGUCAGGCCUUACUUAAGAUGGAGAAGACUGUUGAUAUUAAUGAAAACAGUCAAUUCAUGGAGGACCUAGAAAUGCUUAGGGCUUCCAACGAUGAACAUCUACCAAACUUCAUAGAGGAGUCGAGCCCAGAACAUUCUCAGAAUGGAUUCGGCAGUUUCAAACUUCAAGGCAGUAACCCCCUAGAACAACUUGGUUUGUACAUGAAGGUGGAUGAGGAAGACGAAGAAGAAGAGAGUGAACCACCCCAAAGUGUUAGUAAGCCAGCAAAUGAUGUUGAAGAAGGGGAAAUUGAUUAGAUGCGAAGUUUUGUUCUUCGUUUUCUCUAUAGAUGUCUGAGCAUGGUAAAUGGAUAUCCAGACGAUCUCUUUAAAGAUCCGUUAAUGGCCUUCUGUGCUCCAUGAUUUUUCCUUGGCUUCAAAACGUUCAAAUCGAAGCAGGUUUGGCAGGAAAAGGAAGAGCGCAGCUGAAGUUGCCGUUGGGGAUAAUUGCUCGGACGUGUAUUUGGUAUUUGCUGAAUUGAUUUGAUUUUUUGGGUUAGGACGAGAGUUGGAAGCGAUGGAUUGGCAAUGUAUGAACACAUAAGGGGAUCUUAAUGAAAAGAAAGAAAAAGAAUAGAUACUGUGGCUAGAAUAUUCAGUUUUGUCUGUAUAAAAAAUUCAUUUAUAUAUUGGCAAAGGUGCCCCUUACUCGUACAAAAA